AUGUCGAACAGCGCGGAAACCAUUCGCAUCCUUGUCUCAACUGACAACCAUGUCGGUUACAAUGAGCGGGAUCCCAUUCGUGGAGAUGACAGCUGGAAGAGCUUCCACGAGGUCAUGUGCCUUGCCAAGGAGCGCGAUGUUGAUAUGGUCCUGCUCGCUGGAGAUCUCUUCCACGAGAAUAAGCCGUCUCGAAAAUCUAUGUACCAGGUGAUGCGCUCGAUCCGGAUGAACUGUUUUGGUGAUAAGCCCUGCGAGUUGGAGAUGCUCAGCGAUGCCAGCGAGACCUUUCAAGGUGCAUUCAAUCAUGUCAACUAUGAGGAUCUCGAUAUGAAUGUUGCCAUCCCGAUCUUCUCCAUCCAUGGCAAUCACGAUGACCCAUCCGGAGAGGGUCAUCUAGCUGCACUCGAUCUCUUGCAGGUCUCCGGCUUACUUAAUUACUACGGGCGAACUCCAGAGUCGGACAACAUCGAGAUUAAACCAGUCUUGCUCCAAAAAGGCCGUACCAAGCUUGCUCUUUACGGUAUGAGCAACGUACGUGACGAGCGCUUGUUCCGCACUUUUCGGGACGGCAAGGUCAAAUUCUUCCAACCGUCUGUGCAGAAGAGUGACUGGUUCAACUUGAUGUCGGUGCAUCAGAAUCACCACGCAUACACUGAGACUGGAUACCUACCAGAAAACUUUCUCCCAGAGUUCAUGGACUUGGUCGUCUGGGGUCACGAACAUGAGUGUUUAAUCGACCCAAAGCUCAACCCAGAGACCAAGUUUCAUAUCAUGCAGCCCGGGUCCUCGGUCGCUACCUCAUUGGUCCCUGGUGAGGCUGUGACAAAGCAGGUGUCCAUCGUCAGUAUUACUGGCCGUGAAUUCAAGUGUGAACCUAUUCGAUUGAAAUCAGUUCGGCCUUUUGUCAUGCGAGAAAUCGUUUUGUCGGAAGAGAAGGGCGCUCAAAAGUUUGCUCGGAAGGAGGGCAAUCGGACAGAAGUGACCCGAUUCCUCAUGUCGAUUGUUGAGGAACUGAUUGAAGAAGCCAAUACAGAAUGGCGUGAGGCCCAAGGGAUACAGGGUGAGGAGAAUGAAGAUGACGAUGAAGAGCCUCGCGAACCGCCUCUCCCGUUAGUACGACUUCGUGUCGAGAUAUCUACCCCUGAGGGUGGAAGCUUUGAAUGCGAGAAUCCGCAGAGAUUUUCAAAUCGGUUUGUGGGCAAGGUCGCCAACGUUAAUGACGUGGUGCAAUUCCAUAGGAAGAAGAAGAACGUUUCGUCUUCUCGAAAGGCUGACGCUGAAGUCGAUGAAGCUGCAGCUUCACGCCUAGCCGCCUUGGAUACAGUGAAGGUGGAACAGCUGGUCAGGGAAUAUCUUGCAUCGCAGUCCCUUAGCAUCCUCCCUCAGAACUCCUUUGGCGAUGCCGUGGCUCAAUUCAUUGACAAGGACGAUAAGCAUGCGAUGGAAAUGUUUGUCAAUGAUUCCCUCGAGGGCCAAGUUAAGCAUCUCAUGAGCUUGGAUCGUGAUGAAGAUGAUGUGGAGGACGAGGAACGAGCGCAUAGCUCUCUUGUCAAUGCUAUGGAAAAAUAUCGCACACAGAUGGAAGACAUGUUUAACAAAGGAGUCAAGAAACGCACUCGUGGAAAGAAGCAAUUCAAGCCCAAGCCAGAUACUUGGGAUUCCGAGUUUGAUGGCGAGUGGGAGGAUCAACCUGGUGCCCUCAUUCAUUCCGAUAACGAGGGUGGGGAUCCCGCCGCAGAAGAGGCUGGAGAAGAUGGAUCCGCACCUUCACGCAGAGUGACCACAACUACCACGGUAUCUACUCGUGGCCGCGGUCGAGGGAGGGGAGGUCGGGGAGCUGCUGCGAGUUCCCGGGCUGCCGCAACCAAAACCGCUGCGGCUCCAGCUAGAGGACGCAAGAAGAAAGCCAUCUCAGACGAUGAAUCGGAGGAUGUCAUUAUGCUAGAGGAUGAUGACGACGACGCAAAUGCUAACAUCAUAUCUGAGGAAGAUGAUGACUCGCAAGCUUUAUUCGUGAAGCAACCUCGUGCUGCGACCGCCUCGAGAGGACGCAAAUCUGCAACCACGACGUCGACUCGAGGUCGCGGGGGCCGAGCGGCCGCUUCACCAGCGCCGUCGUCGGCCACUGUUGGUGGUACUGCUACACGCCGAGGCAGAGCUGCCUUACCAACUCAGACAACCCUAGACUUUGCUGCCUCCCAAGCUAGCUCAGCACGUUCAUCACGGGCUGCUCGCACAACUCGGAACGUCAGCGUCCUUAGCGAUGGCAUUGACGACGACGACGAUGAUGAUGAUGCCUUCGAGCCAAUGAGUACUUCUACAUCACGUCGUCGGCGGUGA